CCUCCAACUCGCUGAAGCAGGGCUGGGCUAGACGGGCGCGCUCUCGGGGGCGGGGUGGGGGGGGGCGACAGUCCGGGUCUCAGCCCUCCGCGCGGGUGGGCUCGGAGCAGGCCGCACCGGGCAGCAACCCCACUCUCACCCCGGAGGCCCCCUGCCCUUUCUCCCCCUUUCCCCCCGGCCCAUGGUGCGAGGCUGGGAGCCGCCGCCCGGGCCGGACUGCGCUAUCUCUGAAGGGCACAAAUCAGAAAGCACCAUGCCUCCUAAUAAAGAGGCCAGCGGUCUUAAUAGCUCCCCUGCGGGGCUCAUCUGUCUCCCUCCAAUCUCUGAGGAGCUACAACUUGUGUGGACCCAAGCAGCCCAGACCAGUGAGCUGGAUGGCAAUGAACACCUGCUACAAACCUUCAGCUACUUUCCCUAUCCCAGUUUAGCAGACAUUGCCCUUCUCUGCCUACGCUAUGGGCUGCAGAUGGAGAAAGUCAAGACUUGGUUCAUGGCCCAGCGCCUCCGCUGUGGCAUUAGCUGGUCAUCCGAAGAAAUUGAAGAGACUCGAGCCCGAGUAGUCUACCAUCGGGACCAACUCCAUUUCAAAUCCCUUCUAUCUUUUACUCACCAUGCAGGGCGGCCCCCAGAGGAGGUGCCUCCUUCUCCAAUGCCACCUCCAGAACAAGUUGGUCUUGGAAUAGUUCCUCUGACUCUUAGCGAGCCCACCCAGAUGAAAGGAUUGAAGGUAGAGCCCUCAGAGCCCUCAGAGCCACUGAGUCACCAGAAAGCAAAGGAGCCCCUGAUGGCACCUGGCAGUGUGGCAUUCCCCCACCAAUCACAGUUUUGUCAGGAUCUUCAAAGCAGUGGCCUCUCUAAGGAGCAGGCAGGCAAGGGUCCCGACCAGUCACACGGCCUAGGUACUGCUUCCUGCAACCACUCCACAGCUGUCCACCAGCCCCGUGCUCGGGAUAAGCCCCCACCCGUCUCAUUACCUGCCAGUAGUUGUAAGAAGGAGUCAGCAUCUAAUGUGACUCCUCCUUCCUCUACCUCUUCUUCCUCUUUCCAGGUACUGGCUAAUGGAGCUACUGCCACCUCUAAACCCCUCCAGCCACUGGGCUGUAUCCCACAGCCACUGUCACCCAAUGAACAGGCACUACGCCCACAGCUGGAGCCAGCCUGGCCCCAGGGGCUAAGGCACAACUCAGCACCCGGUAGGGUUGGCCCUGCAGAGUACCUUUCCCCAGAUAUGCAACGCCAGCGAAAGACCAAGCGCAAAACCAAAGAGCAGCUGGCUAUCCUCAAAUCGUUUUUUUUACAGUGCCAGUGGGCACGGCGUGAGGAUUACCAUAAAUUAGAGCAGAUCACUGGUUUACCUCGGCCUGAGAUUAUUCAGUGGUUUGGUGACACACGCUAUGCCUUGAAGCAUGGGCAACUAAAAUGGUUUCGGGACAACGCAGUACCUGGUGCCCCUAGUUUCCAGGAUCCAGCAAUUCCCACACCACCACCUUCAACCCGCUCCUUGAAUGAAUGGGCUGAGACACCACCUCUGCCGAUCCCCCCACCCCCACCGGAUAUACGACCCUUGGAGAGGUACUGGGCAACCCACCAACAGCUACGGGAAAGUGAUAUCCCUCAACUGAGUCAGGCAUCAAGGCUUAGCACCCAGCAGGUACUGGAUUGGUUUGACUCUCGAUUACCUGAGCCAGCUGAAGUGGUGGUUUGUCUAGAUGAAGAGGAGGAAGAGGAGGAGGAAGAACUGCCAGAAGAUGAUGAGGAUGAAGAGGAGGAGGAGGAAGACGACGACGACGAUGAUGAUGAUGUGAUCAUCCAGGACUGAGGGGGCACUGGGGGAGGGGAGGUCUGUUACUAAAAGACGAACCAACUUAGUAACUGUUUAAACAAAGAAACCACAUUUUUUUACUUACCUUGUGGCAAAGAACUGAAAAGCUUUGUUUUUUAUAGCUACUUUAUUUAUAAAAGCUUUGUGUUUGAGGGUGGGGGACAGCGGGAUGUAGUAAGGGUGGACCAGGGAGGAUGAUCAUGGAGGACAAAGCAAGGUGGGGAUUGGAUGGGCAGAAAUCCAGGCCUCCAGCCUCAAUGAGAAGAGUGCUGUGGGUCUGGUCCAAACUAUGGGGCCGGGAAAAGGCUCUUGCUCUCCUCGUAUCUGCUGUUCUUUCCCCUUAAGUGUACUACAGAGAGGCCAGGCUUUGGCCUACAUCUAUGGAGGACUAGAAAGGAGGAGUAAAGAUUCCAGUACAUCCCCCAGUCCCACCCCAUUUUCCUUGGAAUAUAAGGCUGCCUUGCACCCCUUCUUUUCUCUCUGAGCACAAGUCCACACAUAAUGCAGCCAAGAAUCUCAGUAUGUCCCAGUCAAUCACAAAUAUUUCCUUUUCCUUAUACCAGCUUGACUUUAUAUGUUUUCCUGCUGCUUUAUUGAGUCACACAGGGAGCAGAAUAUUUUCAUUUCUAAUACUGGACCACUAUGCCUUGUACCUUUUUAUCUUUCCAAAACCCCCAUUCUGUUCACUAUUUGUCUCAGGGUAAAUCUUCCCCCCGGAGCUUGUGAAAAAGUUUAAUAAUUGGGUGGAGAAUAAUUUAGACUGGAUAUUUAUUGGAGGUGGGAAUUAGGGGAGAUGUCCUUUAAAAAAAGUAGAAUUAGAUUACAGAGGGGUAGAGAGGAGAGGGAAUGGUUUCUACUGUUCGGAAGGACAGUGCAGGUAGGUUCCAGGUUUGGUUUUACAAACUUGACAGUCCCUCCUGCCUAGCUUGACAGAGACUGAUUUUUUUUUUUUUUCAGAGACUGAUUUUUUUAAUCUUUUUGGUGUUGGUUUAAUGUGUCCAGAAAAGAGACUUUUCCCUCACUUUAUAUGAUCUGUCUUGGAGACAGAGGGACCAUGGUCCUUAACUGAAUUAAUUGAUGUUUUAGAAUGGUUUUCAUCAGUUGGGGUCAGAUAUAAAGGUAUCAGUGGGUUAACCAUCUAGAAAUAAAAGAGUGGAAGCCCCAAAUUGCUAGAAUAAUAAUAAAAAGGCCAAAAAUAAAAUUGUUUCUCUCACCUCCGCUUUGCCACUUCUAUGGUUUAGAGAUUAAUGGAGCCAAAUCCAUUAACUUUAUGAUUUAGUAUACUUUUUAUUUAUUUUUGAAGCGGCAGGAUAUACUGAGGUAAAGUAAAAGAACAAAAACUUGAAAAGUUAGUAGAUCAGUAUCUAUCACUAGGCAGACUGUUUUCUGCACCUGCUACAGCACAGGCUCUUGCUCAGAAGAGAGGGAGUUUAGAAAUGCCUUUAAAAUAAAUUCAGUUUCAGAAAGGGUAGUGGGAUCCUAUUCAGUUACAAGGUCAUUCCCAAGACCAAAUUUAUUUCUGGCAGAUGCUAUGUUUACAUUUUUCCAAUAUUUUUGCUUAAGGUAUGCCUGCCAGUGGCCUACCCAUUUAAUCCCUCAUUUCUACCGCUUAGUACCCAAAGAAGAAUAAAUGUUUGAUCUCAGUGGUAGUGUUCUUUGCCCAUUCCACUAUUUGAGAGCUUGUAAUACCAAUAGAGUUGCAGCAGCAAUAAAAGGACAUCCUCUUUA